UUUCCAGAAAGCUGAUCUUAAUAGGUUAUAAAGAAAUUAUUUCUUCGUCCACAUGCCUUUAUAUUUUAUUUUUAUUUAAAAUAAAAAGUCCCCAAAAUUAUAAAAAAAUUGGUUUUGGCCAUUCGGCUCCCUCCCCCAAAUUGACACUUUAUAAAAACCUUCUGUACUUUUUUUCCCCCUCCCUCUCUCCCUCUUACUACCUCCAAGAUGGUAGGAAAGUUGUUGUUUUGGAGGGCAGAGGAGCCGCUCUCUGAUGUUAUGUCCUCUCAGUGCCUGUAGUGGUGCUGUAGGAGGCUGCUGGCUCUCUUCUUGAGCAGCCCCAGCAGCCCUGCCUUCUUUGCUGGAGAAUAUAUUCAGGGAUUCCCCUUAAUAAUCACCUACCCUCUGAGCACUUUGUAGUUUUAAAAUAAUAAAGAGCCCCCAAAGCUUCCUCCCCACAAAAAGCAGGAUCUUCUCAGAGCCAGGGGGGCAGCAGCUCCUCAGCACAGAGCCCGAGCCCAUUCCCAGUCCCUCUGCUGGGGAGGAAACUCUGAUCUGUCAGCCCAACAGAGGGAAAGGGGGGAGAGGAGAGAGAGGAGAAAAAAAAAGCAGCUGGAAAGGGAAAACAACGUCUGGUAGUUGCGAAGUGAGUCCACUGGAAAACCCACCCAGGCGCUUCACCCCGCACAGGUGACAGGGCUCCGGUUCCUAACGCGGGAGGUGUCUCGGUUUGGUCAUGUCCCCUAACGUGUCUUUUAGCUCAAAAUGUUAACAGUUUUGUACAGACAAUCUGCUUCAUCUUGAUUCAUCAUCAUUCCAGGAUAGUGGUGUCCUUGGGGCUCUCUCUUAACAUUGAUAUGGUACAGAAGAUUUAAAAUCAGCUGAUGUUCACAAGGAAUAGAGUCACGUGAUGUAUGAAGGCAAACACAUACACUUCUCUGAGGUUGACAAUAAGCCCUUGUGCUCAUAUAGCCCCAAACUGUGCAAGCAGAGGCGACUUAACGGCUACGCCUUCUGUAUCAGACACGUUCUGGAGGACAAGACUGCCCCCUUCAAGCAAUGUGAAUAUGUGGCCAAGUAUAACAGCCAACGCUGCACCAACCCCAUCCCCAAAUCUGAGGACCGUAGGUACUGCAACAGCCACCUGCAGGUACUUGGCUUUAUACCGAAAAAGGAGAGGAAGAAAAAGAAUGAUCCCAUAGAGGAGGUAAAGGUCAGGCAUCAGAUGGAUGCUAUGGCUUUCAGUCUGACAGUGCCCACUCUGGCCUUGAAGAUGCCCAACGGACUGGAUGGGAUGUCCCUCUCCCCGCCAGGGGCUAGGCUUCCUCUCCACUACCUGGAGGCAGAAUUAGAAGACCCCUUUGCUUUCAAUGAGGAAGAUGAUGACCUAAAGAAAGGGGCAACAGUGAGGAAGAAGUUGCAGAGCAAGUUGGCUCAAAACCGGCAGCGCCAGAGAGAGACAGAGAUUUUAAAAGUUCGCCAAGAGCACUUUAGCCCCCUUCCUGCACCUUUGCAGCAGCAGCCUCUGCAGCAGCAGCACUCUCAUCUGCCACCUUCAUCAGCUUCGUUAAAGCCGACAGGGCUACCGCAGGGCGUAGUCUGCAAGUCACCUCAACCUCCGAACACCAGCCUACCAAUGCAGGGAGUGGCACCCACCACACACACUAUAGCACAAGCCCGGCAGUUGUCUAACAAGAGACCUCUGCCUCUCCUGCCACCUGCUAGGGCUCCUGUCGUGGACCCUCCAAGGACUGAUCGGGUCCUCAUGAAAGCCACAGCCUUCUCUCCGCACCUGUCCUGCAUGAGCCGACUACAGAGACUGGUGAAACUGUGCACUCGAAAACAGCAGCUGGACACUGAUCUGUUUCCACAUUUAGGGCUGGAUUGGUCUGAAGACAGUGGAGAAGAGUUGGAGGAUUCAGAGCAAACCUCCCCUUACCAGGUUGCAUGGUCUAUCCGAGAAACCCUCGGCUAUGAGAGACAUGAGUCCGAUGAUGACAAUGCAGAUGACAGGAGUUCCAGGGUGACCAGACUUUGCACUUACUUUCAGCAGAAAUACAAGCACCUCUGCCGCCUGGAGCGGGCAGAAUCUCGUCAGAAGAAAUGCCGGCAUACACUCCGGAAAGCCUUGCUGCAGGCGGCCAGCAGAGAGCCGGAGCGUGCUGGGCAACUGAUACAAGAACUCCGAAGAGCUACGUGUGCUCAUACCAGCACAAGCCAAGCAAGGCAGAGAGAUCCAGAACCAACAACCUGUUGUGGGACUUCAAAGGGAGAACAGUGCACUAACAAGGCCCUUCCAUUCACCAGGCAUUGUUUUCAGCAUAUCUUAUUGAACCGUUCUCAGCAGCUCUUCUCAAGUUGCACAGCCAAGUUUGCAGAUGGUCAACAGUGCUCUGUGCCAGUUUUUGACAUUACACAUCAGACACCUCUGUGUGAAGAACAUGCCAAAAAAAUGGACAAUUUCUUGAGAGGGGACAGCUCCCGUAAAGUUCAGCACCAGCAGCAGAGGAAACCCAGGAAAAAAACGAAGCCACCUGCACUUACCAAAAAACACAAGAAGAAGAGAAGGCGAGGCCCACGCCGGCCUCAGAAACCCAUUCCUCCUGCAGUGCCCCAAGGGAACCUCACCAUGCCUGCCAGUGUCUCACUGCCAGUAGAGAUGCCCCACAUACGGAGCCCCUCCACACCAGAGCUGAGUGCCGAUGAGCUGCCUGAUGAUAUCGCCAAUGAAAUCACAGACAUUCCACAUGACUUGGAAUUGAAUCAGGAGGACUUCUCUGAUGUCUUGCCACGGCUGCCCGAUGACUUGCAAGAUUUUGACUUCUUCGAAGGUAAAAAUGGAGAUCUCCUUCCGACUACAGAAGAGGCUGAAGAGCUGGAACGGGCCCUACAGGCUGUAACUUCUCUUGAGUGCCUGAGUACCAUUGGAGUACUUACACAGACAGAUGGUGUGCCAGUUCAGGAGCUGUCAGAUAGAGGGAUAGGGGUGUUCUCUACAGGUGCCGGAGCUCCGGGAAUGCAGUCUUUGAGUCGAGAGGUUAACACGGAUUUGGGGGAGCUGUUGAAUGGGCGUAUAGUACAUGAUAAUUUCUCCGGUCUGGAGCUGGAUGAGAACUUGCUCCGUUCUGCUACCUUGUCCAACCCACCUACGCCCCUGGCAGGGCAGAUCCAGGGGCAAUUCUCAGCCCCAGCCAACGUCGGCCUUACUUCUGCCACUCUGAUAAGCCAGAGUGGCCUUGGGGAGAGAGCCUUCCCAGGACAGUUUCAUGGACUUCAUGAUGGCAGCCAUGCCUCCCAGAGGCCCCACCCUGCCCAGCUGCUGAGCAAGGCAGAUGACCUGAUCACCUCACGACAGCAAUACAGCAGUGACCAUUCACACUCCUCACCCCAUGGAAGCCAUUAUGAUAGUGAGCAUGUGCCGUCUCCCUACAGUGACCAUAUCACAUCCCCUCACACCACAUCCUUUUCUGGUGAUAACUUGGCAGCUACCUUCUCAGCAGAGAUGCCCAUGAUGGCACAGCACUUGCUCCCAACUCAGCUGGAUGUGCCACUUAGCGGGGUGGUCAACCCCAGAACUCACUGGGGAAAUCUUCCUGUCAAUCUUGGGGACCCCUCUCCGUUUAGCAACCUUCUUGGUGCAGAUGGACACCUCCUGUCCACCUCCCUGUCCACACCACCUACCACCUCGCACUCAGAGACCACACAGCCUGCCUUCGCCACUGUGACCCCCAACAGCUCCAGUGUGCUUCCGGGGUUACCGCAGACCAGUUUUAGUGGCAUGGGUCCUGCCUCUGCUGAACUCAUGGCCUCCACCUCCCCUAAACAACAGCUCCCUCAGUUCAGCGCAGCCUUCGGGCACCAGCUGAGCUCCCACAGUGGCAUCCCCAAGGACCUGCAGCCCAGCCACAGCUCCAUAGCUCCUCCCACGGGCUUCGCAGUGACCGGUGCCACCGCUACCAGUACCAAUAAUGCAUCUGCGCCCUUCACCACCUCCAACUGAGCUUGUCUGCCUGCCUUCGUGCAGGUAGAUGGGGGACCUGUGUUUUCUAUCUUUCCUUUUUUCCUUUAUUUUUUCUGUCCUCCUUCCCCCCCCCCCCCCUUUUUUUUUUUCUUUUUAAGAGGGGGUUGAGGAGAAAACCCCUGCUUCAGUACUGACCAGGGUUAGCCCUCUGUGAACCUUGCUGUAACGUUCACAUGUGCUUGUUAUGCACCGGUGCUCAUUUAUUGCAGGCAGGUUCACUGUUCCCCAAUAAUUCCUUAAGGAUACAGCACAGUUACUGGAUGUAAUUGAUUUUAGCAGUAAGACCUAGAAAUGGGAAGAUACCUCAGAUUACUGAUGCAUGUUACUGUUCCCUAGGGUUUGGAUCAGUGCUUGCCAUCCCAUUAGCAUCUGGUAGAAAGUUUUCCAGUGGGCAGAAGUCUCUUGAUUAUUCUUAAUUUUUUUUUAGUUUUUUUCCAAAGGUAGCAUCUGGCAUGGAAAACUUGGCUGCACACAUUGAUUUGAGAAUGGUGCACUGAAGUCCUAAAUCAAGGUCAUAGUUCAAGGAAGAGUUUGGCAGUUUCUUAAAAUAGUCUCUUGACCUCUUCUGUGUGCGUGUGUGUGUUUGGGGUGCAGGGAGCAGCAGUUCCUUUUCUUCUUUUGGUGAAGAAGUGGGCGUUGUCCCCUUCCAGAACUGGUCCCUGUUCUUACUGCAUGCUGACUUUUGGUUUUUUAUGAUGAUGAUUUUUAAUUCAUUGAGCAGCAAGGGGAUCAGUUGACUGGUUGCCCAGAACUCUGAAGGCUGAUAUGAAGUUAGCCCAGGGAAAAAAAGAAAGAAAAACGGAAGCAUUGAAACAUCAUGGAUUAGCGAAGAUUCCUGUGCAGAAGUUCCCUCCCUUGCUGAAUUACUGUGGCCUUGUAGCAUUGAUGAUUUGCCUUUUCAAGUGUGGCUAUGUCCGGAACUCCUUGCCUGACAGGCUGACAGGUAUUUCCCAGCUGAAAGUGAAAGAAUUUGUUGGUAUUCUGCCCAUCCACACAAGUCUAGGUCAGACCCUUAGGUAAAUUUCAAAUGGAUGCAUUUCUCAAAUCAUGUCUAGCUACUGAGACUUUCUUGCAUAGUUUUACCCCCUCGGGAGCCGUAUAGUUUUUUUGACACUUGUAGGGUUUGAUGCUCUCUGUAUGGGAAGCUGAAUGUAUGUAAGGAACUAGCAGGUACCUAUCAGCAGUCAUGGCUAACCAAAAGAGAAAUCAUUAAAGCAAAAUAUAUAGAGAAUUCCUUCUGCUUGCAGGACAGUGUUGCUUUUAGUGCCCACCUGCUAAAGGUAGUAUUCGGACCCUUUGGUAGUAAUGUCACUUCUUAAAGAAAGGAGUCUGCUAGAUUGUAGAUUUUUAAAAUUUUAUUUUAUGUUUUUUAAUCCAAGAGAGAACAGCAGCAGAAAUUCUGAGGUGUUUACUGGCAUCUCUUAUCAGGAAGGGGGAAAAGGAAUUUGCUUGUGACUCUAUAGGGCUCAAACUUGCUACUAUAUUCUGACUUUGACUGUAAAAGUAGCUCCUACUUAAUAUAACAAGUCUCUACUCUUCUUGGUUUAUUUCUGAGAUGCAGAUGAGAGAGAAUAGAAAAUCCCACAUUUCAGUCUCCUACUGUAGAAGACAGAUUUCAUUCUACCUUACAGUAAAACAUCCUACCUGCGUGUAUUCUAGUCUAAUUCAGGAAAUUAAGAGAUACCAAGAACAUGCGAUAGGGAGGCCUAAUAAAUUGUUUGAGCAAGAGAUCAUUGAACAAAGUUUAGUCAUUACAUAUUCAUUUUGUUAGCAGUCAGGCCCACACCAAAAUCUCUGACCCAAACCUUUCCUUCCAUUUUGCUAAGGAACAGAAUUUAAACAGGAUAGGUCUUGUGUAUUCUUACUGUUGUAGCAAUCAUACUAUCCCUAUUUUCUUGAAAUAUUUGUCCUUCUUAAAUAUAAAGGAGUAUGGAUGAUGCAUAUGUCCUUUUCUGAAAUUGCAAGUGUAUGUGGGUGGAGGAAAGAAAAAUGAUUUUCAUGCUUCUGUUGUUAUGAAGUCCUUAUUUCAUACUUGGUAAAAUAGAUCUUAAUAAUAUAAGCCGAAUAUUUUAAAGUGGUGAUUUAAAUAUGUUUGUAACAUUUAAAUGUUUUUAAAUCAUGUAAAAAGUUGAAUUGAAGCCUAUGAAAUCCUGCUUUGUGAUUGUCCUGCUGAUUGAGGAAUGCCCAGUGGUAUUGUGAAAUGAGGCAAAUCUGACAAGGCAUUUAUUUAUUUUUGUAUUAUGUUCCCCAUACUUUGUUGAGGAGACAACUGUUUGAUUUGCAAAUGAUUUUCGUUGUGUCCGUAUACCUUCUUCGAUGUGUUUGGAUGACUGGCUGAAAAAGAGUGGAGAACUAGUAUACCAAAUGGUUAAGUCUUUAAUCUGCUUGUAUAUUCACGUCAUUUCAGAGGAUGUUAAUUUCUAUAAAUGGGUUUCAGGACUUUGGUCUUGAAAUCGUUCUUGUGCCCGUCAGACCUUUUAAUGAAGCUGCAGCUAGUGCAGAGCGUAUCUGCCCCACAUCACAUUUCUCUUUCUUAGGAAAUGCCGGGGGGGAAAGGGAGGAGAGGAACUGAGAGACAAGGUCUGCUUGGUCACGUUGCUAUAAAUUAUGGAGGACCUCUUUGGUCUUAGGUCACUGUGAGUUUGUACUGGUCUAACUCAGAACAGAACCCAGCUCCUAAUCUGAGGAUUGAUUUCGACAGGGAAUUUCAAAAGCUGUCAAUGCUGUGUGGGUCUGUAAUUCCUGUUUGAAAUCAGUGGCCGUUACGUACCUGCAUUCCUUUAAGGCAGCCUAGGAUAUCAGCUCUCUUCCCCCACUUAGACUUGGUAUCCCUUGAUGGCUCUUCCCUGAAAAGUGACUACAUAACAUUUUUUCAAUGAGCAAACUAAGUUUGCAAUAAAGCUGCACUUUUAAAAAUAAACUUCCAUUUGUAUACAUUGAAAUAGGAAUCCCUCUGUCCUGUCUGACACAGAGUUCUGAAAUGGGCCACCACUCUUGCCUUUUCCUGGUUCACCUCCCAACUUUUCACUGCUGCCAAUUUCAUGGUUGCAGCCUACCAAGCAGUUACGGGUCUUGAUCUUAGCGUUAGGAGGUUGAUCAUUGCAGGUGGGCUCCUACCACCACAGAACCUGGUGAUUUCAGUGAAUCAGUGUCUUUCUGUUGGGUGUGAUAGGUCCAGUCUGAGAGGUAUGUGCAGCCAGAGAUGUUUCAUGCCUCUUCCUCUGGAAAAUACUGCAGGUCUGGUUAAGGUAGUCCUCAAGGCUGUUAUUUAUGUGGUUCCCAAGUAGAAUCCAUGCCAUCUCACAAAGGUUUUUAAGUAUAAUCUCCUUGUAUAGCUAUUAGCACUCUGAUCACCCUUUCACCAAAGAGCCAGUGUAGCAAUUUCAGUCCAUUGAUUUGAGAUGGUCGAUACCUGUCGUGCCCUUUAUGUGUUAACAAAUGGAGUAAAGCUAGUUGAACCUAAAAGCUAAUUUCUUUACAUAAGAUUUGAGUUCUAAAGAAUUAAAAAAAAAAAUUAGACUUAAAGUACCAGUAACAUAAUUUUUGGUAAUAGUAGCACCUUAGUUAGUCUUUGUACAAAAGUACUUAACACAAGAUGAACUUUGGCAGUGUACAGAGGUUCAUCAGGAACAGUCUCAUGCUGGUCUGGUGUGUAAGGCGUUCUGUAAGAUACAAUUUGAUGUUUCCUUUCACUUAGGAAGACUAUGCCAACUUUGAGGGGAGCCAUAUGCACUUAGAUACCUCAGAGUUGAUUUGUUCUUUGGCCUCGUAAUUACUAUGAUACAAGAAGAUGUACGUAUGAUGGAAAAGGUGCAUCGUUUUGUCUCCUCCUGCCUUCCAGUUCCUAUAGGUUCUUGCUUGGUUUCUUUCUCAUUAGUAGCAUGCUUCUGUCUAUGGUUGGGCAUAAAGGCUUUAAAUCAGUAAUGCUGAGAGCACAGUUGCAGGUGUGCCUCAGGCACUGUGGAGAAGGUGGCAACAGCUAGAUUUCCCACUUCAUUCAGCAGGUUAGUGAAAUGAGGAUUUGUAGUUCUCAUUUGAAAAGCAUUGGGAGGCCCUGAGAAGCUGAUCACUUCCAAGGCAAAAAUCAGAAAUGGUGCUGCAAAUACAAAUGCAAGGAAAAAAUAAUGUCAGAGUCAUACUUAAUAGCGAAGAGAAGCCAAGGGAAGCGGUGCUUUUUAGAAAGUUUUGAGUUUGGGGGUUUUGUUUGUUUGUUUGGUUUUUUUUUUCUUGAGGGAGGCGGGUAUUGAAAUAAUUGGGAAGUUCUGUUGUGAGCUGUUAGGCGCAGUGUGAUGCCACUGGCUUCAGGGGCACGGCCAAGGCGACGGGCCUAGGACUGAACCUGCUGACCAGUAGCCAAUUUCAGUUUGAAGCUUCAUUUUGCUGUAACCACAUCUAAAUACAGUCUGGGAUUGAAUCUGUUUGCCAGGAAAGAAGAAUCUCAUGAAAGGAGUACAGUAAACAGUGGACAGAUGUCUCCCCCGAGAAGCUGGCCCUGGUGGUUACAUACACGUGGUGGUAGCCGGCUUCCAGACGGUGUCUCCUCCCUGAGCUCCUGCAGCGCCGUGGCUGCUGCGUUUCCCUGUAGGCACUGGCUGGGCUCCGGGGGCACUUCUCCCUGUCUCUGUGCUGCAGCGAGCUGAGUCCGCUGGUGGACAGUGGUGGACAGUCUGAGCCUUUGGGCAGGGAGGAGAGAAAAGUUUUUUAGAAGGGCCAGCUAGCUGCAGUUGACCCUUUCAAGACCUGUAGGGCACAGUGAUGGUGGCAGGAGGUCUUUUCAGCAGACAAACAAUAGAAAACUUACCUGCAGUGAUCUGCAGUGAGGUGUUUGUGUGGCUGUCCAGGCAGCUUCCCUGGUGGGAUGUUUAUUUUUGCUUUUGUAUUUUUACCAUUACGUGUGAAGGAGUCUCCUGUGCAGGCCAGUUGCAAGGUCCAGUGGUGGUGGAAAUAUUAACUGAAGGAAUAGUUUUAGGCUAAUGUGCUGACCAGGUCUCUUUAGGUCUUUCAGAUCUUUUGGAUAACAUUUAAUGAUGGGGGUGUUGUGGCUGCUUCUUGUACCUCCUUUAUUUUCUUCCUCUCUACAUUCUUCAUCAUUCUUUCUUUCAUUCUCCGGUUCUUAGAUGCUUCUCCAACGUAAGUAAUGCCAACCAGUAAGUCUUCUGUGGUCCUGAGUGAAUCUGACUGUAAAAUGAAAAGGAGGAGAGAUUCCUGCAAUUCAUAACAUACAUUUUGGAUGCUAGAAUAGCAGUGUAGUAGAUCAGAGUGUUUCUCAGAUCAGUAAGAUGAUGUUUCACAGCACACUGAUACGGCAUAAACUAGACUCUGAGGGUGCAACAUUGAUUGUGGGAGUGCACAUAUUAGCAGUGAAUGUGCAGGUAUUUUUACCAAGAGUUUACCUUCUUACAAGUUCCUCUGUUGAGAAGUGCAUCAGUAGAAAGCCAUGAAGAAAAGUUUAAAGUAUUCUGUUUAAUAUCCACAAACUGAAAUAAACAUAAGGAGGGUUGGUGGAAAAAUCUGCAUUUGUAUUUACAUUGUUAGGAGAGGUCUGGUCAUGAGGGACCUUAGCUCUGUCAGGUAAAGCUUUGGUUUUGUCUUUAAAACUACACAAAAACAGUGUUGUAGGAAAAGAAAAGUUCAGUGGAGAAGAAGGCGUUAUAAAAGAUAUGUCUUAGAACAAUUUUCUCGCUCGUGUCUUCAGCCUUUUUUUUAAAAAAAAACCCACAAACAAUAGUGACUGUUUUGGGAGCUUUUCCCUUUGCUGUUCUGCUACUUCUCAUGGUUGUUGGGUUCUUUGCUUUCCCCUAUUUUACUCUGCUUUCACAUACUCCUUCUCUGGCUACUAUGGAAUAAUGUAGUGGAAGCAUGAGAGGAGAAAGUGGGUUUGGCCAUGGGUUGCCAGCAAUAGUUGAAGGCUUUCUUUUUCUUCUCCUUGAAGUAAGUGUUGGCACCUCUUCAGUCUACUGUGGGUCAUAGAAAUCGGUUUAGAAGUGAACAGGAUGAAACUUGGGGGUUUGACCUUAAAACUGUACUUACCUGAGGUAGAAAAAUGCAUUCUUCCUACUCCUACCCCUCACUAGUCCCCCAAACACACACACAGAGUGAGAUGUCCAGACUACCCGCAUAUCGACUGCAUGCGUGUGCUGAACUUGGUCCAGUAGUGCUAAUUUUUUACCUGCUUUCUGCUGUCAGCCAGCACCCACAGGGGCAAACUCUGGAUAGGUAACGUUCCCAGCUAUCCUCUGGAAAACUUUAUUUUUGGUGCAGAUUGCUCUGACGUAGCUGACUGCGAUGGCUUCUACCUUGGAGUGGGCUGAUUUACCCUGAAAUGACUGUCUAACCUGCGUCUUAAACAGUGUAGUUAGUUCCGGUGCAAAUAGAUUCAUUCUGAAGUGAUGGACAGUUCGAUUCUCAUGCAAAAUAGCUACAUCCUACCAGAAGGGGUUGAACCAGUUUCUCUGAACAGUGAUGACCUUCACUGUACAGUUUUGGGUAUGUCUCAGGGAUUCCUUGUGGAAAUAAGGGCAGUUAACAAAAAACAAAAAAAAACAAAAAAAAAAAAAAAACCACACACAAAAAAAACCCACAACAAAAAAAAAAAAGAAAAAAAAAAGAAAAAAGUAAAUAGUUUUAAAAGUAAAUACUAAUUUAAGGUAGAGCGUCACCUAAGUGAGAGCGUAAGAAGGAGAAAUCUUUGUUCAGUUUUGUAGUCCACGGUGGUUUGGCUUAGGGACUCUUUCUCUUCUCGGGGCUCUCAUCUCAAGUUCAACAUACAGAAUCUUUUUCAUCACGCUCAGCUUUAAACUUUUUAUUUAAAGAUACCCUUCCCCAAUGAGCUUUCAGAAUACUUAUUGUAGAUUUUAAGAGAAAUGGUAUAUUAAUUUAUGCUAUUAACAUCACCUCAUAAAUUAUAAGUUUUAUACUAAAGCUGUAUUGAGUGUAAUGAAUUAUGUUGCAUAUGUGUUUUUAAUAGCUAUAAAAUUAUAUACAAGCUUUUUUGGAAAAACAAACUAGUGAAGCACCUUUUUACACUGGAUCUUUGCCGUGUCAAGGUGUACAGCUAUUCUUUGCUACCUUGCAGAUAUCUAUAUCUAUAUAUAGAUAUAUAUAUAUAAAUAAAAUAAAAUGGUAUCCUGUAUCAACAAGCAUAGAACUCUUUUUAACCCUUAUAUUACUGUUCCUAUAACUCUUUUUAAAUUUUGUUUUGAGUGUUCCAUUCUGCAAUAAUUUAUCCGUGGUUUGUACCUAUGAUUAGAAAUUUAGUUACAGGGUAAAUAGAUCAAAUUGAAAAAAUCCAACUCCUGUAGCUGGAAGUUGUGAACCAAGUUUGUAAGACCUUUUCUUUUUUUUAAAUGUAUUUAUUUCCAGUUAGCUCUGUGAGUUGGAAUUUGAAAAGUCAGAACAUUAGGAAUCUACAGUGUCUUAUUCAGGAAUUUUCCCUCUCCUUUCCUCACAAAGGAAUUCCCACUGUGACUUAUAAAUAGAAUUAGACUGCUUGUGUGCAUGUAUGUAUUAUAUAUACACACAAAAAUAUGCAUUGGGGGGGAUGUAUGUGCGAUACGAAUGUGUAUAUUGUAUGUAGGUCAUAGUUUUGUAAAGAGCAAAGUAGUCGAGAGGUGAUGGAAUGUAUUGUAGAAAUGUGAUUAUUUAGUAGGGGGUUGUUAAGUCCUCACUGUUGUAUAAAUAACUGAAACUCUCUACUACAUAAUCUUCUGUUAUAAGGCUAACUCUGAUAUCAUGUCAAUUUUACUGUUUUUUAAAUGAGUUACAUUGAGCCCUGUUUAAAAUGCCAUGAAAAUACCAAGCUCCCAAAGACAGCCUUUAAAUAAAACAAAUGGGGGAGGAGGAGAGAUGGGAGAAAUGAGUCAUGUUUUUCAGGAGAAAUUGAAAUGGGAAAGCUUGCAUUCGGUGGGAUGGGGAGGCACGGGUAUUGCUCUGUCUUUGCAUAUUAAUACCCGGAUCUCUUAGGGGCUGACUUGGAAAAUGUUGUCAAUCAGUGUACUUGUGUUUUCAAAUUAGGCGGUUAGGGGCACUGUUUGUCGAGUGAUCUCCAUCUAUAAAAGGAUCUUGUCUUCAAAGUAGAUUCUUUUCUUUCCUGGUGGUCUUUGCAUAUAUUAAUUUUGCCCCCAGAUUGCUGUUGUGGGAUUGCAGAACAAAAUACGCUUUCAAUCCAGGGAGUUUCACUUGCGCUGUGAAAUUCUGAAUUCAAUUAUGGCCACUUAACUCUUUUUUUUUUUUUUUUUUUUUCCUGUCAUUGGAGAAGGAAGAUUUCUUUAUGGGAGUUCUCACUUGAAAUUGUGAGAAGUCAGAAACAUUCUUACAGAUUGGCUUACUCUUCAUACUGUUCUAUUUAGGCUGGAGAAAGUAACCUAAUUGUUAUUUAUUCAUACAGUAUCACUUUUCAUGAUGAUGAUCCUGUUGACUUUAAAAAUCUGUUUAGAAAAACAGAGCUUCCAGUAUUGCAGAGACAUUUGGGUUUUUUUGAAGGCUUUUUUUAAGCAGUUGCAAAUCAAAUCUUAAUUUUCAAAAUUUUUUUUAAUGCCCCCCCUCGGUAUGUUGAUAUGCCCCCCAGGUGUCCCUCCCCCUUUCCUCCUCCCCGCAAUUCGUUUCUGGCACAUAUGCAUACAAGUGAAAGUGCAGGGAGGUGGAAGUUGUUAGAGGCCUUUCCUUCUCUUUAGUGGGUGGUAAUGGGAGUUAGCAGCAUACAUCUUUAUGCCUUCAUGGGGAAGAAUAGACCCAUUUUUGUGUAUACCUGUACAGAGAGAUUUAUCUGUAUAUGAGAUGUUGGUAGCACUUUGCUGAAUGUGGACUUGCCCUUAUGAUGUACAAUAAAUAAGUAUGAAUGCAAUCAAUCUAAAUCUAUAUAUACCUGCAUACAGAUGUAUAGAUGGAAUUUACAUUGUAUCACACACAUGUACAUUAGUUGUAACAUGAGUGUGUGAGCUAAAGAGAGACUAUCCAUGUGACAUAUGUGUAACAGGUAAGCACUUGUGCCAAACAAGGUUGUUUCAAUUCUUCUGAGGGAUUUGGAUGACAUCAGUGACUGAUGUGAGCUUGGUCACCAUUGAUUUGUGUUACCUCAGCCCUCACAGUGGAGUUUCCUUGGUACGUUUCUGCUUUUGUUUAUUCUAUAGAAAUAGUUGAGGCCUCUUGCAAUGCUGACCUCUUCUGCUUCCCUGCUCCAUUGCCUUCAUUCCAGCUCCUCCUUGCCCUUCCAUCUCUAGUUUCUCUUGCAAGCAGCAGUCAGCUUUAAUGGCCCAAUCCAGCUCUGCUUAUGCAUUAGGCAAAUUCUUUUGGUGGCUGUAGUGGCAGCUGAAUUGGGCCCUGAGCACUUGCUUGAACUUACACAGAAUUUCCUAGCUAUUCAAUUGUGCUUGAGUAUGACUGCGACUGAUUUGCAGAUGAACACAACCUUUCCUUUGAACCUGAUGCAAAGCUUCCUAGCAUAUUAAAAGGUUAACUCAGCACCGUAUUUUAGAGGUAAAUGUUCAAAAUGAGGAAAAUGCAGCCCACCCACCCCCACCCCACCCCCGAAAAAUUAUCUUCACUUUUCAGCCCCAGGGAGAAAAAGGGAGUUCGGUUAGUUGUUUCCUGUAACGCAUGCAGUAAGCAGAAGGCAGCCCUGUCUCUGUUCUGAGCAGUGGGGUUGUCAUCAAACAUAUCAAGAGAAACACAGCUCGUUAUAUUUUACCAUUAAACAGAUUUUGAAACGAGCUGCAGAGUUGACCAUUAACAUGCUAGCACUUUGCAUCUAAUUGUGUACUGAAUGAUCUUGCUUAUGCAAGUAAAUUGUGGGUUUAAGUAUUUUAUUUUCUGUUUUCUGGCUAAAUGGAGCUUCUGUAUCCUUUUAGCAGAAAGCAGCUGUCAGAAACCUGGCCGGUCACAUUUAAGCACUGUUGAAACUCCUGGCUAACUUAGGCUUCAGUGUCAGUGGAGAAUGCUGCUCCAAUUCUGUCAUCGAGCUGUACCGCAUUCCAUGUUUUCAGUAUCGAUAUGGCAUGAUUUUUCUUGGCCACAAUUCAGCCAUGGAAUUUUGUCUUCCUUGCAUCUCUUUUUAGAAAAAGGUAAACCGGUGUACCGUUCCAUCUGAGCUUUCAUGCAAUCAUAUACGACAAUUUCUAUAAUACAUAUGUUCGGGCGUGUGUCUGGGUAUGUCCGUGUACUGUGUGUGUAUAAUACCUAAUUAUAUGCACACGUAUAUUAUGCUAUUUCAGUUUAUGUAUGUGGAGAAUGUACGUGUUGGUUCUCCCCUGAUAUAUACUCAUGCAUACGUAUAUUAAAUAUGUAUAUAGGGUGUAGAUGUCCUGCAUAUACAUGUGUAUAUGUUGCGAACCUUGGUUGGCAAUUUUUCCCCCCACUUUUUGCAAAUUGCUGUCCCUAUGACAUAUUUUUCACUGAAGCUGCAUUAUAUAGAAGAAAUGGAGAAAUGUGUUAUCAACGUUUUAUUUUAAAAAGGAGACUGAAUUACCGAAAGCCAUUUGUAAUUGUCUUUUGGAUUUUUACUAGAAGGGUUGUUACUUUAAAAAAGGAAAAGGAAAAAAAAAAAGAGAAAACAAAAAAAACAAAAGCAAGCAGACAAGCCCUUACUCCCACCAUCACUCACAUAGGCAUAAGAAAGAAAUGGAAACACAAGUUUCUAAGUAUUUAUUUCCUUUGGGGAAUUCUGAGGCAUACUGUAAUUGCAUUCUGCCCCAUCCCCCUUUUGUCCAAUUAUAAUUAAUGAUUCAUGGUUUCUUUUACACAGCUUUUCCCCUCAUUACUUCCGUAGAUCAUUGUUCACCUCCUACAUUCAAUAGUGCUGAUAUCACUAAGGAGAUUUCAUGUCCUUCUGUCCUUUUCAGGAGAAAUACCAGAGCAUCACUAUUGUGUUACAUUUUAACAUACUUUGUGGAGGAUGGAUGUUUUUAUUGAAGAUGUCUUUAACAAGUCUUUAACUUACUUAAUGUGAGAAGCCUUCAUUGGAAUAUAUCGUUUGUUUGUUUCCAACUGGUUUCUGAAACUUUUUUCACCAACAGAUUAAGUAGUUCCCUUCUUAUUUGAUGCCUGAGAUUUCAGGGUUUGGGUUUAUUGUUGUGGGUUUAUUUUUUGAUGUUUUUUUUCCCCUCCAGUUCCCCAAAAUGUUUGUCUGCAAGUGGAGCAAAACAGAUGUCAGAAUCUCAGCUAAUAUUCUUUUGCAGUUAAGGGUAAAUAUCUUUAUCCUAGUCUUAAUAAAAGAGAAGGUGGCAGAAGGACAAUCCAAAGUGCUGAGAGGGAAUGCUCGCCCUUUUUAAGGCUGUCUCAGAGAAGUUUGUGUUUGGUGUCAUUUUAAAGGUAGCUUGAUCAUGCUUUGAUAUCAGAAACAGCCUUGUAACAAAGAGCCUCGUACAGUUGUUUGGCCACUAGAGUUUGAAAUGUGAACAAGUUGCAGUGGGAAAGCAAAGGUGAGGCAGUGUAUUUUGAACCAGUGAAUUGUAGCUUGCAAAUGUACCUGAUUUUGAAGUAACUGCAUGGUAGCAAGGAUUAGCAGUCUCUUACACCCCUUCCUCCUUCCCUCUCAUCCCUGACACGUAUUUGGCAUACCGUACAUUGGGAAAAAUAAACAACUUGCUCCAGCAAAGCUAAAUCCACUUAAUGACUGCUUAAAGGGAACAUACAAACUUGCAUUGCUGCAUCCCGCCUCAUGGUAUUAGCUGGAAGACUAGCUAAUACGCACAAAAAGCCCAGUCCAGGUUGCUUCUGCAGAUGUGUCUAGUUUGGAGAGUGUGGUGCAUGGGGAUGCCUGAGAAGAAGGGUCCCUUCCUACAGGGUCCCCGGCAGCGAUAGUAACUCACACUACUGCUUCUAGUGCUGGAGGCUCACAGACAGCAUUCCAGGGGCGGGUAGGAAAGCUCAUGUUUGUACUUUCCCUUUAAAUAGGAAAGGUUGGCUCACAUGUUCCUCAUACUUCUCAAUGAAUGUACUGUAUUACCAUUUAAAAAAAAAAAAAUCAAUGAAAUGAUAAUAGAUUGGUCUCCUUUUGUUAUCUGGUCCUUGUUUAAUUUGUUUAAGGGUUUUUGUAUACAAAAGUUUACAUUUUUAUGUAUAUUUUUCUUGUGUAAAAACUGAUGUAAUAUGUGUAUAAAACACUGUAUGUAUUAUCUGUAUAUAGUGUGACAAAAUGAUUUUCUUUCUUUCUUUUGGAUGUAUUAAUAAAUCUUGCUGUGAAGUA